AAAGAUGUAUAAAUACUCUGUUACAAAAGUAAAUGGGCUAAUUCUGCACAUAAUUGGCCCCUGCGACUGAUUCAUUACCAGAUAUUACAUUAUUGGAUGUUAUACUGAUGCAUCACUGUGUAAACUGUAAUAUCCUGUUAGCUCAACAGCUUUUUCUAAGCUAAGCUUGUCUCUGCAUUUGCAGAACAUGUAAAUACUCAAGUAUAGCAUACCUUAAAAGUGUAUUCAAAUACCGUAGUCUAAAUGUAGGCUACUAGCUUCCCACCCCGGGAACUUCAGUUAAGUAAAAUGUUUUUCUUCAACAUUUAGUAAACUGUGAUGGUGACAAUAGACCUUGUCCAGUACUGUUGCUACACUGUUGUCUCUAACUGCAUGUUAGACUCUUUGUAGAUGCUGCAUCUAAGCAUUAAAGCAGACGUUUCCUUUGCGGUCUGUAAGAUCAGACUGAGCUGCUCUGCAUUGUUCAGUGUUUCUCUGUCCCGUCUUCAUCCCAUUUUGUAUAAUGAAUGUAUUUGAUGAUGUAUGGCUGGUGUAAUCAUACCAACGAGGUUACAGCAGAGAGGCUGCAUUCAACACCAACCAAGUCAUAAAUGCAAGUAGUGAAGUGAGACUGAGUCACACUGUGGGGAAAAGAAAAUGAGAAGUUAUUUUUGUUAUUUCAUGCAACAAACACCAUCAGCAGUCGGUUGGGGUCUAAAAGCGAUAAGCAGUGUACUUGAAGAGAUAACACCCAACACAACACACUGGUUGUUGCUCAAAGUUGAACAGCAUUGAGGUAUUUAAAUUAUUUCACCCCACAUUUUAAAAACCUGUACCUAUCAUCAGGCUUUCAGGUCACCUGCUGUGGGCAUUUAUAACAUCAAACUAUUAAAAGCACUUUGAUUAUAAUACAUACAAAUAUGCAAUUGUUGAAGUACUCUGAUCAUUUAAAAGUAAAUAGUUGUACAAGUAAAAGUCAUGCAUUUAAAACGUUACUCAUUAACAGCCAGAUAUACUUAAAGUGUUAACAGUAUAUCUCCUGUUGUAAUGUAUCACUGUAAUAACUUACUGUUGCACAGAUAGUUUUACUGUUGUACUUGGUUGAGGCUAUCCAGUUUAAUGUGCAUCAAACUCAGAAUCAGCAAAGUAACUACAGCUGUAAAAUAAAAGUACUGAUGUAAAAAGUACAAUAUUUGCCUCUGAAAUGCAAUGUGUAGUAUAAGUAUAAAGCAACAUAGAAUAGAAAUACUUGUGUAAAAUUAACUCAAAAUUGUACUUUACUCCUGUACUUUAAGUGUCCAUCGUUACAUUCUAUUCUUAAACAUAUCCGAUGCUUCUGAUGCAUGCAUUGCUGAAGAUGUCUGUCUGUCUGUGUGUUGUUUUGUGCAUUUGAUUUGACUGUUGAUUUGACAAUGGCAGGUUUGGGUGUUACUGUGCCACUAAAGUUGUUUCUGUAUUGCAGGCAAAAUUACAAAUAAAUGCACCACCACAUUCAAACAGAUAUGAGGAAGUACUGCCUCACAUGCACCGCUGUACUUUUUGUUUUUUUUUUCACAGGGAAGUGAAAGCCCCCGAAGGCCACAGAGACAAAACUGCUCUUGGUCAUUAGUAGCUGCUUCAGCUCUACAAUCUUUUUCUGUCACACUCAUGAGAACACACUUACUGCUGACAACAAACACUCGGCAGGGAGGAGAGUUCAACUAUUCAGAAGAUGAGCUUUGGAGAGGACCUGCGAUGCCCCCAGGCACAUGCAGCGGUCAUUCGGUUGCUGGACUCGGAGCUUCACCUGAUGGAGGUCAUGAAAAAGUGGAUUGGUCAUCGAGCUAAAAGUGAACGAGAGUUUUCAGUGCAGCUGCACCACAUGGCGGCCAUGGUAGAGAAGCUGGACCGGCCUCAGCCUGGUGCAGGACCGGACUACAUCAGCCAGCUCAACAAGUCAUGGGGAGUCCUGGUUUCUCAGACGGACUUCCUCAGUCAGGUGAUGAAGAAGCGCUCUGAGGAUCUGCUGGAUGGUCCCAUCAGCAAACUGACGCUGCUCAUCAGAGACAAACAGCAGCUCCGCAAAACCUACGCAGAGCAGUGGAACCUGCUGAAGCAGGAGCUCAGCAAGGUGACCCAGACAGAGCUGGAGAGGCUGAAGAGCAGCUACAGACAGGCAGUGAGAGAUGCAGCUCAGGCUAAGAGGAAGUACCAGGAGGCCAAUAAAGGUAAAGAGCGAGACAAGGCGAAGGAGCGUUAUAUAAAGGCUUCAAUGAAACUCCACGAGUUGCAUAACGAGUAUGUGCUGUCUGUGCGAGCUGCUCAAGUUUACCAUCAGCACCACUACAGUCAGAUCCAGCCCGCACUGCUCAGUGCACUGCAGACUCUGCAGCAGGAGAUGGUGCUCAUACUAAAAGAGAUCCUGCAGGAAUAUUUCGACAUCUGCACUUUCCUUAAUCAUGAAGUGGUGCGGAUCCACAGGGAGAUAUCUUCUGCUCUGUCAGCCAUCGAUCCUCACAGAGAAUAUGAGAGCUUCAUCCAGCAGAACCGGUCUGUAGGGGAGACUCCUGCUUGUGCAGAGUUUGAUUGUAAUCUGCUGGAGGACACUGAGCAGCUCAAUCCUAGAGAGCUUGAACUGAACGACCUCACGCUUGAGACAAUCCAGCACAAACUGACUGCGGUAGAGGAGGAGCUGCUGUGUCUGGCUCGGACUCUGGGCUCUCAGCAGAGCGCGGUCGAACAGCUGGAGCUGGAGCUGGACGUAGAGAGUGAGGGUGUCAAGAAGGGCCAGAGGGUCUACCAUUUCAGCAAGAGACAUGCGAUGGAGGAGUGCCGGCAGCAGGUUGCUCUGUCCCAGGGCAUGAGAGUCAAGCUGGAGGUUCAGAGGCUUCUUCUGAAAGAGAAACUGGACCAGCUGGGCUCCAAAGAACCUUCCUCUGCUCUGCAGCUGGACCCAGAUACCGUCUCACUUUCGUCCAACUCAAGCAAUCACCACAGCCCAACUCCCUCCAAACUCCUCAUGGACGGGAUCAUAAAUAAUCUGGGUGGCCUGUUUAAACCCAAAUGUGAGAUGCUGCCGGCCCUCAGCCUGGUGCAGGAGGUGGAUCGUCCUCUGGGGCAGCAGGAGUGGUACCACGGAGCCAUUCCCAGACUGGAGGUCCAGCAGCUGCUGACGAAUGACGGAGACUUCUUGGUGAGGAAGAGUCAAGAGAAACAGGGUUAUGUGCUCUCUGUGCAGUGGGAAGGAUCCUGCAAGCAUUUCCUCAUUCAGAACACAGAUAAUCUGUAUCGUUUAGAUGGAGAAAGCUUCCACAGUGUCCCGCUGCUGAUAAGUCAUCUGCUAUCCUCGCGACAACAAAUCACCAAGAAGUCUGACAUUAUGCUGAAGAAACCUGUUCUGAAAGACAAGUGGGUCCUGGAACAUGAUGAUAUUAUCUUGGGACCCCUAAUUGGACGGGGUAACUUUGGAGAAGUGUACAGUGGUCGUUUGUGCUCUGAUAAGACUCCUGUAGCGGUGAAAUCCUGUAAAGAGAACCUGGCCCCAGAGCACAAGAGUAAGUUCCUGAUGGAAGCCAGGAUCCUGAAGCAGUACGACCAUCCUAACAUUGUGAAGCUGAUAGGAGUGUGCACUCAGAAACAGCCCAUCUACAUCAUCAUGGAGCUUGUUCAAGGUGGGGAUUUUAUCUCCUUCUUACGGCGUGAGGGUCACAGUCUGAAGCCUAAAAUGUUGGUGAAAAUGACAGAGAAUAUAGCGUCUGGCAUGGAGUUCCUGGAGAGCAAGAAGUGCAUCCACAGGGACCUGGCAGCAAGAAACUGUCUGGUUGCACAGCACAACGUGGUGAAAAUCAGCGACUUUGGGAUGUCCCGUCAGCAAGAUGAUGGCGUCUACUCUGCAGGGGGCGGCCUUAGACAGAUCCCUGUCAAAUGGACGUCUCCUGAGGCCCUGAACUAUGGUCGUUUUACCACAGAGAGUGAUGUCUGGAGCUUUGGAGUUUUGCUGUGGGAGACCUUCUCCAUGGGAAUGACGCCCUACACGAGCAUGACCAACCAACAGACACGAGACGAGGUGGAGAAAGGAUACCGUAUGCCCGCUCCGCACGGCUGCCCCGUGGAAAUCUCCAGGAUUAUGAGCAGCUGCUGGCAGUACGACCCCAAAAAUAGACCGUCUUUCAAGAAACUUCGGGCUGAGCUCAGUACCAUAUAUAGCAAAAUUACGUAAGACAAGCCUGCUGGUUGGACAUGUACUGUAGACUAAGUUCAUUUUCUUCUGUCAGUUUGAUUUGGUUUGUAAUGUUGCAUCUUCUUUUCCUUCGUAAAAUAUGUUAAAGUCCAGUCUGAACACUGAAACAGAUCUCUUAAAGACAUGCAAUUUGAAACAAAGUGUUAAAAAAAAAACUGUACUAAACUUGUGGAAAUAAACAUGCAAAUGGAGAUUUAAGGACUUGUAAAGUAUCAGUGAACCAGUUGAUUGCAGCAAUCUUGUUUUUUCCCUUCUUGUGAUGUGUAUCUGUUCUUUGUUUCCUCCUCAUUCUAAAAACGGACUUGUCAAAACACAAUAUACUGUGUUGUGUAAUAUUACCAUAUCUGUUGAAACCUGUGUGGUCCGUCUCAAAGAAACCACAGAGGUGUGUUAUUCUGACACAUCCUCCUAAAAUGCUGCCAACACAGACAUUGGGACGAUAAGGUUUCAAUUAGCACAGCCUUGGGGGCUGUGUGUUGCUUGUUGGGUUUUUAGGAUCAAACUGCAGACAUCCCUCGGGGGGGUGGAUUUUAGUUCUGUUAGAAAAUAGGAAGCAUGUUGGUGUAACAUGACUGCUUGUGAAUACACAAAACUAUCUAAAAUAAAAGGACAGGCCUAUUUGAGCUGUAUUUUAACUUAAAGCUACUAUAAUCAAUAAUUUUACCUAACAACAACAAAUAUGAACCAGAGGCCAUCUUGCGAUAGGUUCACAUCCCCCUUCCUCACUUCCCACCUCCCUACUUGCGGCCCCUUCGCUCAGACCUCAAUCAUUUCUCCUCUUGACCUUCAUUUCUGUAAAGGUUUGUGAUGCCAGAUUUGGUGAAACAAAAUCAGGCAGAAAGAUAAACACCUGGCAAAGUAUUUAAAACUGUGUCUGUGAUACUAAAGUAGGUGUCUCCAGGAAAAUAUUUUGCCAUGAUGGCUCACACACAGACUCACCAAGUGAAAACAAUUCGUCGCUGUCACAACUGGUAGUGGAAGGACAGGCCUAAUUGAGCUUUCUUUGUUCUUAGGGCUUCUACAGUCAAUAUGUUUUACCCAAACAACAAAUGUCAUGUGUAAUGUGAAAGGGGUCCAUCGUAGUGACAAACUCACAAAAAAUCAUCUCCAACAUCUACAGUUCCCCUCAUCUCUUAGCAGAAUGGACCAAACAUUAGUGUCACAGCAUCUUUUUGCUCUUUGUUUUGGUUUUAUGACCCUUAACCUCACUGCUUUGGCCCACUGCUCUUAUCACUUCCAGAUGCAGCAGGCAACUGUUUUCAUCUGAAAGAAACUGUACGUGUGUGGGUUAAAAUCAUUCAUUUUCUAAAUUUUGACUUAUGGCCGAGUCUGUUUAACCAGGAAGACUUCGUAAAAGUUGGCAAGUAGCGACUGUAGCAAGCACUGUUACCGUGGAUACAUGCUAUUUAAUAUUCGGCACUAAUUUAUGCGGUUUAAUUGUUGACUGGUCAGCCCCGUUAAACCAGGUCUACCUCCCAACUCGUAAGAUACAGAUUGUUGGUCAGUACCCCCCCGAUUUCUUGCACAGUCGACUAAUAACAUUGUGGCUCAGUUUGGGAUGUCUCAACAGCUAUUGACUUUUUUCCCGACAGACAUUUUGACAUAGUAGAAAAGGCACAGGUGUAUUUAAUAAUAAUAAUGAUAGCUGAGUUCGACUAAGUCCUGGAAUUGCACAUGCUGAGCCAUUGUUAAUCUUAUUCAUUUCCCCUGUACUUUUACUGGUUAUUACAUAAUGCACAAAACUGUAAUUACACUAUGUAUUCAUUGUUUUCUUGCAUUAUGUGCUGAUUGUUGUGUUAUGAACUUUUAUUACAUUAAAAUGUUAAAUUAUGAGCUUUUAUUACAUUCAAAUAUUACGUUAUGCACAGUUAUUAUGAGUUGCUACACACGGUUAGCAUGUUGACGCUAAAUAGUCAUGCCUUUCGUUGUGCAACCCUGUGGUGUAGAAUGACAGUUAUGUAGAUGAACCUUGAACUGUCUGCAUGUUGACAUUCAGUUCAAAGCACAGGUGGGUUAGAAACACAGUCGUGCAUGACAAGUUAAUCCACUAAGCUUUCUCCAUUUUGGCCCUUCGUCCACAAAAACCUUUUUGAAAAUGGCCUCUCGAGUAGAUCAAUUAUCAAAUGCCUGCAACACGCUGUAGUGGACAAAGAAAACAAUUAUGCAAGCCGGCCGGGGGAUGUGUGGCAGUAAAUUUAAGAAGCUUUCACAUACAGCCUUCUCUGUGAUAAUUUUACAGGAAUGGUUCAUUUUGGAAAAUAUGCUUUUUUCGCUUCCUCUUGUCUUAGUUUUUGUCA